AUGAGAAAAGCUGUUUCAAAUUGGUACAAUGGACAAGAUGCUAUGACUCUUGCGACAGUGGUUGCAAAAUGUAAACAACAAAGUGGCUGGUCUCAUAAAGAUCUCCUCAAGCUGUCUCACACCAAACCAGCAAAUGAUGGUGUUUCUUUGGUUUGCAAAUAUAUAAUGAAAGGGUGGAAAGAAAUCAAGACUGAAUAUGCUGACAAGGAGAACCCUGAAGAGGUUCUGAAAGUGCUUUCCUAUCUGGAAGUCGUGGAUAAAAUUAAACACAGCAGUGACGAGACCGAGGUCAUAACUAUGAUAGAGGAGCACGCAUUAGAGCGGGAACAUCUGCUGACCAGCCAUUUGAAGUCUAGAAAUGUGUGGAGGGCUUUGCUGAAAGAGAUGCCCCUUCGGUUACUGAUGAAACGUUUAGGAAAAAUGACAGCCAAGAAGAUUCUUGAUCCAGGGAGCACUGAAACACAGACUGUUUGUGAUCGUAUCCAGAAUGAAGUCAUCCUUAAAAAAGCCAGAAUACAUCCAUUCACAAUCCUUGUGGCUUUAGAGAACUACAAAAAAGGGCAAGGAUAUAAAGGUAAAACAAAAUGGGAAACGGAGGGCAACAUUAUCGAUGCUAUGGACGCAGCAUUUUAUAAAAGUUUAACGGGGGGUGACAGUGCAGAGUAUUUGGAACCUGUGGAUAAAAACCUUGUGAUAGCUGUGGACAUUAGCACAUCUCUGAGCAGCGUUGUUCCAGGGACAUCACUGAGCACAGCUGUCGCAGCAGCUGCUAUUACAAUGAGUUUUUCAUCAACUGAGGCAAACACACAAGUUCUGGCCUACUCUAGUGGGGCAUUGAUACCAUGUUCUGUGGCAGCAGGAAUGACACUGGAACAAGUAACAGCUGAAAUGAUAAAGACCCCCAGUGACUGUACAGACUGCACCCUUCCAAUGGCCUGGGCUACAGAAAACGAAAAAGCUGUUGAUGUGUUUAUUAUAUUGACCAACAACCCAAUUUGGCCAUUCAGUGCUAGCCCAGUUGAAGCCCUAAAGAAGCACCGACAGAAAAUGGGGAUCUUCUCAAAGUUUGUGAUGUGCGGGCUAACAUCAACUGGACAUGCUAUUGCUGACACGCCCGACCGCGGAGUCCUCAGCAUCUGCGGCUUUGACCUAGGGGCGAUAACGCUAAUUCAAAAUAUGGCCCACAGUAUGAUUUAA